AGAAGCUCAUAUAAAGCCUCCAUUUCUUCGUUUUACAGUUUUCAUGGUAAAUUUUGAGAUGAGAACAAGGAAGAAAUGCUAUGAUGUUGAAGUAAGCUCAGAUUGUUCGACAAACAUGAAGCAAACAAAAAGAAGACGAACAAUGAAGCGCCGAUCUGAACAAAAAGACAAUCCUCGCCUUGUGUCGCUGGAGGAAAGACCAGUUUUAAAUGGCUUGACAUCAUUCCCAGAAUCAGAGACUUCGCCAAGAAGCAGUUCCGGUAGCAAUGAUAUUGUUCAGCCACGUUUAGCUCGCGCUUCCUCUUUUGGAGUGCCUUCGUAUAUGGAAGCUGUGGAAAAGGAAAUAAUAGCGGCUCUUUCUGACUUGUUAGAUAAUGAUAAAAAGAUAACUCUCGUCGAUGUUGUUGAUAUUGAACAAAUUCUAAAGCAUUCCGAGAUGACAACUCAAGCUUUUCUGCAAGCAGACCGGGAUCAGAGGUCCAGACUGAUUCAACAAGAGCUGAAGAAAUUUAGAAAAGGAAGAUGAAGGCGUUUGGGAAGUCGCAUGCGGCAGCAGGAGCAGCAGCAGUUGUAUGUGUGUGUAUGUAAAACUUUCCCUAAGAUGAAUUCGUUUAGCAAAUUCUACUAAUUUAUGGGGUGAUCAUUUUGAUUUGUAUUAUGGAUGGCAAAAUGGACGGGUCAGAACGGGUUAUAUUCGUGCUUUAAUUUAUAUCGUU